AUGCCAAUAGCCGAAAAAAAAACAAAGGAAAGACAAAGGAAACCCCCCAACCACCGCCCCCCGGAUCCCCCGACGAACAACCCCCGCGAACCGUUUCCGACCCAAAUUCCAUCGAUCGCCUCUGUCGCGUCCCCGGAAUACCAUCGAUACCCGGUAAGCGUGGAUGACAACCCAGAUCCGCCGCCAACCUUGAACGCUAUCAGGUCGAUUGCCUCUGUCAUUCUCGGAGAUGCCUCUGCUCAGACACCCGGGGCACCGGAAACUAGUGUCGCAGCGGGGUCGGAAAUGCCGGCGGCUCGUAAGCACCCGAGGGUUAGCCGGUACGAAUCGAUGUUGGUGAAUCUGUCGCCGGCUCGAUCAUUCGUGGAUGGCGUUCAAUGUCGUCUCUCGCUCGGACCUGUGACCUGGCCAUCAGCACCGCGGACUUCGCAGCCGAAGCUGCUCCAUCCUCGGUGGACGCAAGGGCUGCAUCGGAUCGAGCCCUGGCCUCGCGGGAUCGAAGGAGAGGACGUGGUCCGAGGAGCCACAGGGGAACGAGAGGAAGGGGUGGGGAUAGAUGAACGAGUGGACGUGGCCUUGGGAGCCACAGAAGAACGAGAGGCAGGGGCGGGGAUGGAAGAACGAGUGGAAGAGGAAGAGGGAGAGGACGUGGUCCGAGGAGCCACAGGAGAACGAGAGGAAGGGAGGGGAAUAGAAGAACGAGAGGACGUGGUCCGAGGAGCCACAGAAGGAGAAGAACGAGGGGAAGUGGCGCUAUGGCCGUUGGCACUAGUCUUUUGGGGGGCGGAAGGAGAGGACGUGGUCCGAGGAGCCACAGGGGAACGAGCGAUAGGGACGGGGAUAGAACGAGUGGAAGUUGGGUGUUUCUCGUCGAACCUUUUCAGGAACGACGCACCCGCGGAAAGGGGACGGGGAGAGGGAGUGGACGUGGCCUUAGCCACAGGGGAACGAGGGGCAGGGGUGGGAAUGGAGGAACGAGAGACGGGGGGAGUGGACAAGUGCUUGCUUGUACGCAAGUACUUGGAGGCAGUGGGGGCAGGCACCCCAGAACGAGAGGACGUGCUCACCAUGGUGGGCACAGACGGAGCGGAACGAACAGAAGGACGUGCUGAAUCCUUCUGACCGCUGGGGGGGAGAGAGGAGGAAGAGGAGGGGGAGG